UCGCGUGAUCUCUCGAGAAGACUGACAGGGUCAGGUCCCAUCAUGGCGGCUGAAGAGGCGGAUGUGGAUAUCGAAGGGGACGUGGUGGCCGCGGCGGCACAGCUAGGAAGUGAUGAAAAUAUAGCAUCAGUUUUACAACAAGAUCACUACCUUGAUUCAUCGUGGAGAACUGAAAAUGACCUUAUUCCUUGGACUCUGGAUAGCACCAUCAGUGAAGAAAACAGAGCUGUCAUCGAGAAAAUGUUGUUGGAAGAAGAGUAUUAUUUAUCAAAAAAAUCACUACCGGAAAAAUUCUGGCUUGAUCAAAAGGAAGAUGAUAAAAAAUACAUGAAGAGUCUGCAGAAAACAGCAAAAAUCAUGGUACACUCUCCUACAAAACCAGCCAGUUACUCAGUAAAGUGGACGAUAGAAGAAAAAGAGCUGUUUGAACAAGGGCUGACUAAAUUUGGUCGAAGGUGGACCAAAAUUGCAAAGCUAAUUGGAAGUCGCACUGUUUUACAAGUGAAGAGUUAUGCCAGACAGUAUUUUAAAAAUAAGGUAAAAUGGGGUCCAGAGAAAGAAACACCAAAUCAGAAGAACAGCAGUAAUCCCCAGGUUAAAAAUGAAAGUAAAGGGACAAAGGUGUGGACACCAUUAUGUUUAAGGGGACGUGCUGAUCCCAACUUGAAUGCUGUAAAAAUUGAAAAGUUAUCUGAUGAUGAGGAAGUAGACAUAACAGAUGAAGUGGAUGAGUUGUCUUCUGAAACAUCCCAAAAGAAUUCUAGCAGUGAUCUCUUAUUAGACAUUCCUAAUAGUAAACUGCAUGGAACCAAUCAAGGAGAAUUCGUUGCUUCUGACAGCCAGGAAGUUCCCUUUUCAAAAUCUUCCAGGCACUUUCUUCAGAAUGUAAAGCAAGAUGAAAUUGAAAAGCUUUCAAACUCAGAAAUUACAUUGUGGACUGAAAAACAGAACAACAGUGACAAAAAAUCGGUUGAAUUAAAUGAUCAGGAAUAUAAUAAACUGAUCAAAAACUGUAACAAGCAUGAUGAAAGUGGAAUAAUAGAUGAUGCCAGGCAAUCGCCUUCUCCAGAGCCUUGUGAAAUUCAGAAAGAUUUGAGUGAUAAUGAAAUGCUUUUUCAUUCUUCUUGCCAAUUGGUGGAGGAAAGCCAUGAGGAAGAAGAGCUUAAGGCACCAGAACAAGAAGUAGAAAUAGAUAGAAAUAUCAUUCAAGAAGAAGAAAAACAAGCAAUUCCUGAGUUUUUUGAGGGACGCCAAGCUAAAACACCAGAACGCUAUUUGAAAAUCAGAAAUUACAUUUUGGAUCAAUGGGAGAUAUGCAAACCGAAAUACUUAAAUAAGACCUCAGUACGCCCUGGCCUGAAGAACUGUGGGGAUGUUAAUUGUAUCGGACGGAUUCAUACAUACCUCGAAUUGAUAGGAGCAAUCAAUUUUGGAUGUGAACAAGCUGUAUAUAAUAGGCCACAACCUGUUGAUAAAGUACGAAUCAGAGACAGAAAAGAUGCAGUGGAAGCAUACCAACUUGCCCAGCGUCUGCAGUCUAUGCGCACAAGGAGACGUAGGGUCCGAGACCCAUGGGGAAAUUGGUGUGAUGCAAGGGACUUAGAAGGACAAACGUUUGAGCAUCUCUCUGCUGAGGAGUUGGCAAAAAGAAGAGAAGAGGAAAAAUGCAGACCUGUUAAAUCUUUAAAAGUCCCAAGACCAACAAAAAGCUCAUUUGAUCCCUUCCAGCUGAUACCUUGUAAUUUUUUCAGUGAAGAAAAGCAGGAGCCAUUUCAGGUGAAAGUGGCUUCAGAAGCACUUUUAAUAAUGGAUUUGCAUGCUCAUGUUUCUAUGGCAGAAGUGAUUGGUCUGUUAGGAGGAAGAUACUCAGAAGUUGAUAAAAUAGUUGAAGUCUGUGCAGCAGAACCGUGUAACAGUCUGAGUACAGGACUACAGUGCGAAAUGGAUCCCGUAUCACAGACACAGGCCUCAGAAACCUUGGCUGUUAGAGGCUACAGUGUUAUUGGAUGGUAUCAUUCUCAUCCUGCGUUUGAUCCUAAUCCUUCUUUACGAGAUAUUGAUACACAAGCCAAAUAUCAGAGUUACUUCUCCAGAGGAGGUGCAAAGUUCAUUGGAAUGAUUAUUAGUCCCUAUAAUCGAAACAAUCCCUUACCAUAUUCUCAGAUUACCUGCCUGGUUAUAAGUGAGGAAAUUAGCCCAGAUGGCUCCUAUCGCUUACCUUACAAAUUUGAAGUACAACAGAUGUUAGAAGAACCUCAGUGGGAAUUAGUGUUUGAAAAGACAAGAUGGAUAAUAGAAAAAUACAGGCUGUCCCUUAGCAGGGUCCCCAUGGAUAAAAUCUUUCGCCGGGAUUCUGACCUGACUUGUUUGCAGAAACUUUUGGAGUGUCUGAGGAAAACUCUGAGCAAAGUGACCAAUUGCUUCAUUGCUGAAGAAUUCUUGACUCAAAUAGAAAAUUUAUUCCUUUCUAAUUAUAAAAGCAAGCAAGUGAAUGGAGUACUUGAAGAAAACUAUACAAAGGAAUUGUUAAUGUGAUUAUUUUAAAGUAAGACAUUUUAAUCUUGACAUAAUAGAUCCUGCUUUCAAAGUUAGAACCUUGAAAUUAUUGUAAUUUAGUUAACAGUGGCACAGCUUUGGUAUUUUUUUUUCUCUAGUUCACAAAAUCCAGGCUUUGCCACACGUAAAUCUUGUGAAAGGGAAGACAUGUGGACUUGUUUUCAUAUUAUCAGAGUGUUCUGUGAACCAGGGUCUGCUGCAGUGUUCCAGUCCUUUAUUAAGCAUUGCUGUGAAACUUAGGAGGGUGGUCUGCUUUACUUUUGUAUUCAGCUUGACAAGUAGAAUAUAUCUCUAAGUCUUAUUUCUUCUCUGAACUAGCCAUUUCUUAUGUUCCACUUUGAUAUUCAUAUCUCAUUUAAAAGCACUUCUGGCCAGGUGCAGUGGCUCAUGCCUGUAAUCCCCAAGACUUUGGGAGGUUGAGGCAGGAGGAUUGCUUGAG